AAUUUGACUCAUUUGAGGGGUUCGUUGCGAGAAUUGAUCAGCUACCUCUUAGCUGCUUUGAAAAGGAAUGCGUUGCAUAAUAUUGGAGUUAUGCACCGUGACCUCUGUGAUGAGCACUUCCGUCUUCCCCAUGACUUCUAUGAUACGGUCCUCUACGAUUUCUCUCACUCUUACACAAUCAAUUCGCCAUGGCCAUAUGUUAAACGACCUAUACCCUUGAUAGAAAUGAUUCGACGUGAACAAAACGAAGUUUUGAGUGGCGUUCUCGACCGUGCCAGGAAGUCAGAACUUCGUACAUAUACGUCUACAACAUUGAAUCUGAGCUUGAAGAGUGUUAUCAACUUUUUUUCUCAAGAGCUCCAAGAUAUAAAGAAUAAUCUGGAGCUUAUUUUUCUGAAGACCAAAAACCGACCAGAUACUUUCACCCAUCCGUCUUUGGCGUCGAUUUUUCCUUUUUUAGAAUCUAUACGCCCCAAAAAUUCUCCAGGCUGGCAUAUCACCCGGGCUCGACUUCUUGAGGAUUAUGACUCGGCCUGGUUUCUCUACACACCUACCACAGAUAAACAGAUAGAGCUGAUUUCGUUUUCUGGAUUAGAAUAUUUCGCAUUUGAUUAUAAUACGAUGGCCAACGAGAAGGCUUACUUACUUGCCCUUUUUCCUAGGUCUUGGGAUCUUGGGACCUGCAAGCAAAGGCUCUCUGCAUUUGCUGGGACUUUUGCAAACAAAGGAUGCGAUUCGAUCAUUUCGAAGGAGGAGUUUGAGCAAAUUGACAGUGGGCUUGGCCUAGAAAGAGAUAAUUAAGCUUCGAUUAUGUUACUUCAAUGGGAUAUUCAUGGACACUCAUUAUCCUAAGGUUCUCGUAUUUUCUCCGGAUUACAGAAUGAAGAGGCUGUCAUUC